GGCGAGUCUCCAUGGCGGCGGCGGCUGUGGCGGCUGGGCCGGUGUUCUGGAGGCGGCUGCUGGGCCUCUUGCCUGGCCGCCCCGGGCUGGCCGCCCUCCUGGGGCGCCUGUCCGACCGACUCGGCAGGAACCGGGACCGCCGGCGCAGGAGGCCACCAUGGCUGUUGUUGGCGCCUCUGCUGUCUCCAGCCGUCCCCCACGUCACCUCACCUCCUUGCUGCCUGUGUCCGGAGGGCGUGCAUCGCUUCCAGUGGAUCAGAAACCUGGUUCCAGAGUUUGGAGUCUCCAGCUCUCACGUCAGGCUGCUUGCUUCACCUGCAGAGUUUUUUGAGCUCAUGAAGGGGCAGAUAAAAGUAGCCAAGAGGCGGGUCGUGAUGGCGUCCCUCUACCUGGGGACAGGUCCUUUGGAACAGGAACUGGUGGAUUGCCUAGAAAGCACUCUAGAAAAGUCACUCCAGGCGAAGUUUCCUUCCGACCUCAGGGUGUCCAUUCUCUUAGACUUCACGCGGGGCUCAAGAGGAAGGAAAAACUCUCGCACCAUGCUGCUCCCACUCCUGCAGAGGUUUCCAGAACAGGUCCGAGUGUCCCUCUUCCACACGCCUAACCUCCGUGGGCUCCUCCGGCUCCUCACCCCCGAGCGCUUCAACGAGACCAUCGGCCUCCAGCACAUCAAGGUGUACCUCUUUGACAACAGCGUCGUCCUGAGCGGCGCAAACCUGAGUGACUCCUACUUCACCAACCGGCAGGACCGCUACGUGUUCUUGCAGGACUGUCCUGAGAUUGCAGACUUCUUCACGGAGCUGGUGGACGCGGUGGGGGACGUGUCCCUGCAGUUGCGGGGGGACAACACGGUGCAGGUGGUGGAGGGGAUGGUGCAUCCUUACAAAGGUGACCGGGCUGCGUAUUGCAAGGCAGCCAAUAAGAGGGUUAUGGAUGUGAUCAACUCAGCCAGGACCCGCCAGCAGAUGCUGCAUACCCAGACCUUCCACAGCAACUCCCUCUUAACCCAGGAAGAUGCAGCAGCCGCUGGAGACCGGAGGCCAGCCCCAGACACCUGGAUUUACCCAUUGAUCCAGAUGAAGCCCUUUGAGAUUCAGAUCGAUGAGAUUGUCACCGAGACCCUGCUGACAGAGGCCGAGCGAGGCGCAAAGGUCUACCUCACCACCGGCUAUUUCAACCUGACCCAGGCCUACAUGGACCUGGUCUUGGGCACGCGAGCCGAGUACCAGAUCCUGCUGGCCUCGCCGGAGGUGAACGGCUUCUUCGGGGCCAAAGGGGUGGCAGGUGCCAUCCCGGCUGCCUACGUGCACAUUGAGCGGCAGUUCUACAGUGAGGUGUGCAGCCUGGGGCAGCAGGAGCGGGUCCAGCUGCAGGAGUACUGGCGGAGGGGCUGGACGUUUCAUGCCAAAGGCCUCUGGCUGUACCUGGCAGGGAGCAGCCUGCCCUGUCUCACGUUGAUUGGCUCUCCUAAUUUUGGGUACAGGUCGGUUCACCGGGACCUGGAGGCCCAGAUCGCCAUUGUGACGGAGAGCCGGGCCCUGCAGCAGCAGCUUCACCAGGAGCAAGAGCAGCUCUACCUGAGGUCUGGUGUGGUGUCCUCUGCCACCUUUGAGCAGCCGAGCCGGCAGGUGAAGCUGUGGGUGAAGAUGGUGACGCCGCUGAUCAAGAACUUCUUCUGAGAACAGCAGGGCUGCCUGUCACUGCAGAGUAACCUAGCUUAUACUGACUGAUUAAAAACACCAGAAGAUAUUUCACUGACGACAGGAUGAAACAAGACACAGGCACUACUGGGGGACAAGCCUACCAAGAGUGGAGACAGAACCCCGUGAAGCCACAGUCUGUAAUUCAGGGUAGGCUGAGAACAGCUGUGAAGCUGGGUGGGCCGGUCCUGGAGGGGGUCAGAGGUUGCUGAGACAGGCUUCGGGUGGCAAGAUGUGGUCUUGACAGACAUCCGUGUCAGAUAAAGACAAACGAUUGGGGUGUUUACAAGAGAUUUACCUUGCAGAUCCCAAGACCCGAAACCUUAAUCCCCACAGGAGUUAAUGGCCCUUUCUGGUGGGUUUAAGCUGCUCUGUAUCCUGUUAUCAUAAAAUUGUCCUGGCUAGUUUGUUUUGGAGAAUUUUUCUUGCAACACCCUGACCAGAAAUGCUUAUCGUUAUCUCCUGGGAAAAGUAACCUGUAUUCUUGGGUCUGCGCUAAGUGUUGUUUAUCGAGGGAAAGUGCAGCAGCCUAAUCUGACUUCACCGAC